AUGUUCAGCAAAUCUCGACGACCUGUGCCAUCGAGAGCAGCGCUCCGGAUCCUUUACCAACUCGCAUACAUCUCAUCUGGAACCGCAGUGGGCGUGGCGGCACUUUGCGCCGAGGAACGCAGGAGACGCACUCACUAUGUGCAGAAGAUAGCGGACAAUGCGAAGAGGCUGAGGCAGAGUCCACGACAUGUGCAUAAUGUUGCGGCGGCGAAGGCGACGCAGCAUGCAGUGCAUCAGGAGCCGGGCUUGGAGGGAAAUCUUCGCAAGGAGCAGAUCUGUGGAGAUGAUUUGGGACGAGAGCCUGUUGAAAUGGAGAGUAAAGGGGCUAGAAAGGGUCUGGUUCGCUUUCUUCAGAGUGCUGGGAAAAAUGGAUCCGAUGAGGCAGACCACAACAUGCGUGUCCCCCAACCUCCCGCGAGAUACGGGGUACAUCGGCCUUUCGUCGUUCAACAACACACUUCUGGACGGCAUGGGCAAGACAGCUCGGCACCCGUUCCUCAAGAUAUAGACCGCCUCGAGAGACCAAUCGGUACUUCUGCGCCAGCAAUCCGACUCCGCCGGCCCCGGCCAACGCUUCGCUCGGAAAACUGGAAGAGAGCUGCGGAGCUUUUGGAGCGAGACGAGCACAGCCCUCGCGAAAGUGAUGGUAUCGCAGCUGCUAUUGGGCAAAGUACCGAGCUGUUCUUCAAAAACUUUGAUAUGUCCAAUAUACCUUGGACUUCGACCGAACUAGUGGCCAAAUCACGCGUUGCAAGUCGCUUGCUGGAACAGAGCUUGCGCCAUGGCUGCUUGGCAGAAGUUCGCCAGUUGGUCUCGUGGAAGCUGGCAAACGAAAGGUUGGACGAGCUUGAUGUGACAGCUCUUCAUGAAAAUUGCUCAAAUCCCGAUUUUCAAUUCGAGAUGUUCGAGCUCUUUGCGAAGGUGUUUCAAAGCAAAGCCUUUGCCAAGCUACCAGAUGAGUUCAAGCUGACCAAAGCCAUGUCUGUCGCUGCGGAUGCGACGUUUUGGGAUAUUGGCCUGAAAGCGUCAAACUGUGCUAAACCUCUACUCCGUGUUACGCUGAGGUCGUCGCAGCCCGACACCGUUGAACACGCCGUACGUGGACUCUGUGACGAAUAUCUUGCCACCAACCAAGUCCGCAAAGCCUACAGUAUUGUCAAUGCGGUGAGACUGGCCAAAAGCGCGCGUUUUAAUCCAGAAGAAUUCUUCCGGUGGAAGCAGGACUAUGAAAGGAUCGUAGCUCACGCUAAAGAACAAGGUCUGCUCUGGCUCUGUGAGAAAUAUGCCACACUGUUGAUCCGAGCUGGCCGAGAUCCCGAUUGGAUACCCCUAGUCGAGUGGAUUCUGUCAGAGUGUCGUCGUAGCAAGUCAUUCGCUUCGGUGAGAAGCCUGACAUGGUUUCUGCUUGCUUCCAACGAUUGGCGAAGUCUUGGUGACUCAGCCAAGGUGAAUUUCGCCAUCGCUCUCUCGGCAAUUGGCAAGCAACUUCCGGAUGCCUCAAAACUAGACGACGUAUACAACAGCAUUCCCAAGGCGCUCCGGGGGCCAGUAUCUGAGGCAUGGUGCGCAGAUCGCUUGCAAGCGGUGUGGAAGACACAACGCAGUCUCGCGGCUGUGUGGGCUGAAUACGAGCGCGCCAAACCAUUUCAGUCUGAACGCUUCGGCACUGCAGAGCUCACGCUCAUCCAAAUAUGCAACGAUGCAAAGCAACCUGACGAAGCGCUGAGACUACUUUCCGCCACGCUCAAGCCUGAGGAGCAUAGUAACGCUUCCCUUUGUAUCGCUGCAGUGUCAAUGGCACAGAAGUCCGCAUGGACGCAGCUACGCGGUCUCUUAGACAUGAUCGCGGCGUCUAAGAAUUUCGUCAACGACAGGUCAACAAGUCGCAAUCUCAACGCCACAAUCGACCUAUACUCUCGCCACCAUACCGCUGCAGAAACCUGGAAGUUUGUUACCGAUAUGAUUGGAGCUAUUGGAUUCACGCCGAACCAAAGUACCAGUAACAUUAUGCUCCAGUGUUUUGUGAGCAAGGAGACUUUGGACUUGAUACCUAAAUGGGUCCGAUAUUUGAAGAUAAUUGGGAAUGAUUUUAAAAUGACCUCCAGGAGCGCUACAAAGUUGCUUGACUGCUUCUACUUCAACCGAAGGCCGUCGCACGUGCUUGUGAUGUUGUACUGUAGGACCUUGUCGAAGGAAUGGCCAUCGCUUCGAACCGAAGGGCUCAAAGAGCUGGUCACGAAAGCCAUCGGGUACGACUUGAGGAAGCUUCCGGCUCAAGACAGACCGGCGCUUCGAGAGCGAGCUGCGCAAAAUUUGGCAAGGCUGGCGGAUCGAGGUCGUGCGGUUCGAGACCCUUAUCGACCGACAUCUCUGACGGACACUAACCAUCCACGAUCUGGUUCAAGUAGUACCGCUGCACAAGAAGAUGCAGAUGUCGACCAGCUCAGUUUCGAGCCUCCGGGACGCGAAUCACAGGACGCGGAGGUUUUGCAUAGAGGGCGGUCAGAGCUACCUAGCACUGGCAACGGUGUCUAUGAAGCCAGUCCGAUCAAUGAUGAGAUUUCACACGCCUCAAUAGUCUCUCACGGUGAGACUUGCCCCGGAGAUGACGAUGAGGAUUUGCGACUUCAGUCCGCGAACGAUCCUGCAUCUCAGAUUGAGCACCCAGGCCCUUCCACGGAGGAGCCCGAUGACAUUCACGGGGAUAGACACCAGCGGCGUGUUGUGAGUGACAUGGUCCUUGCACUCUCCCUGCGCCAGUACAGCAAAGUGAUGGACCUAUAUCAAGUUUCCCUGUCGCCGACUGGCUUGCCAGCAUCACCGCUGUCCCUCGAGCUGGCCACCGAGGCUAGCAUCAGACUUCAGAACGGGGAUAUACGAGAAGCCACAUCCAUGAUGGAGGCCGCGAAGGAAGCAGGCAUGGAAGUACGCCGUGCCAUGGGACCACUACUCGUGCAUCGAAUAUUCAGCCUCAACUCCGACGACAAGAAGGAUGCCAAUGCACUUUUUAGCAUGGUCAUCGACUACUAUCGCAGCAACGAGGAGAAUGGGUUUGCCGUGCAACAUCACCUUGGAGUCACUGCAGCGGACACACUGAUCCACCAUCGCCGGCCAGAGUAUGGAAUUCACAUCCUGAACGCGGUCUAUCGAUCAGCAUGGGUCGUUCAUCGUCCUUUGGAUAUUAUUGCCAUGACGGUCUAUCUCAAAGGCUUCGCAGCGCUCAAGUCCAAGCAAGGGAUUAUCUGGGUCGUACGAAACGUUCUGUCCAAGAAUAUGCUCAUCGAUCGCCGUUUUAACCGUGCACUGAAGCUCAUGCUGCAAGAUUUUGGGAUCGCUUCGUCUGUGAGGAGGCCGUACACGCCGCAUCGCCAAGCAGGGUUCCCGGCGAAGCUGAGAGCUUUGCGACAGCUCUGCAUUCAACGAAGGCAUCAACAGAUGUUUCAGACGAAGGUUUUUGGGAAUCGUUUGGUAAGAAAAAUUUUGUAUUGCGUUGAGAUGGAGAGCAGACCCACAAUUGAUCUCGAGGAUCGCGUCAAGCACGAGGAGGCGUUAUUCGGGGGCCCGGCUGGACUACUGGAGGGCUCCGAUCGGGACACGGCUGACGCAAGCGAUCCCGAAUUGCGCAAGGAAGGCCAUGAGCGCACUGCGAUGAAAGUCCGCCGAGGCAGAGACCAGACGGAUGCAAGGAGGAAUAUGAGGCAGAAGCGCAAUCGUAAAUGGCAGAGAUAG